CAAAGGAAUAAGAGUUAAACAAAUGGCUUCAAUUGACAAAACAAACUGAGUAUUUUAUUAAAUCUUUAACAAAAUAUAUAGCAGCUGUCCAGUUAUAAAUCGUCCCAGAAGUUGCUUAUGAAGUCGGGCUGUGACAGUAUCGUCCCCAAUAGAGUCAGUGUUAUAUUUAUUACGAAGAAAUUGAUUCUCUAAUUAAGUGUAAAUUCGUGUGAUUUCUUCAUUGUAAUUAGGGGUCCAAGCACCAAGGGCGAGUAGGAACCCUGUAGUUAUUCUACCUUUUCUUCUUCCUCUUCUUCUGGCUUGCUAGACUAGAAUGCAGUGCGCUGUGUGGCUUUGCCUCAGGGAUUAGGGCUCGCUCCACCUUGACUAGCACUCUUGCUGGGGACAAUUCACUUCUGGAUAUUUGUUCUCCACCAGAUUUAAAGGUGUCACUAAUCAGACUCAGUGGAAACGGAACCCUUAAACAAGGAGACUCCUUAAAUCUGACGUGUGAUGUGAGCUGCACACACACUUCCUCACAGUUUGUGUGGUCUAAGAACAACCAGCGUUUAAAUACAUCAGGACCCGUUCUUCACUUUCCUGCUCUAACCGUGAGGGAUUCUGGGAAUUACACCUGCACUUGGGGAACCGGUGAGACGUCAGGAUCUGAAACCAUCAGCCUUCAGGUGGAGGGAAAAUCUUCUACUUCUCAAAUAUCAUGCUCUAGCUCAUACUUCUCAAAUCUAAAGUUGUUCCUGAAGAAGAGAUGAAGAUGCUGCACUUGGUUCUGAUUCUGCUCGUGCUGUCUGGUGUUUUCACUAAGAACAGUGACUGGGGUGUGAACUAUCCUGAUAAACUGAUCUGUGCUGUGAGAGGAUUCAGUGUCUCCAUUAAAUGUAAUUAUUCUUAUCCACAAGAUCAUCAGGUGAAACAAAAGCUUUGGUGCUCGAGGAACUCAAACACAGAUUGGUGUGUAAACCCACCGUAUGUUUAUGACAGCUCAUUAAACACCAAUCACUCAGACUUUGAGUUCACUGGAGACGACAAAUCAAACUGUACUUUAUUAAUCCACAAUGUACAGUUCAGUUAUUCUGGAGUUUACAGAUUCAGAUUUAUUACUAAUGUGACCGAUGGUAAAUGGACAGGUAAAACUGGAGCGACUCUACAAGUUACAGAUUUAAAGGUGUCACUAAUCAGACUCAGUGGAAACGGAACCCUUAAACAAGGAGACUCCUUAAAUCUGACGUGUGAUGUGAACUGCACACACACUUCCUCACAGUUUGUGUGGUCUAAGAACAACCAGAGUUUAAAUACAUCAGGACCCGUUCUUCACUUUCCUGCUCUAACCGUGAGGGAUUCUGGGGAUUACACCUGCACUUGGGGAACCGGUGAGACGUCAGGAUCUGAAACCAUCAGCCUUCACGUGGAGGGUGAGUCCAUCUGCUCACAACAUUCCUGA